AUGAUGGCCACUCUCACUGCCCUCUGCUUUCUAGUAGUCUGCGUCCCCUCAACUGGCGCCAUGUUCUACUACCCCAGCCCCGCGAUCUCGCUCCUCGAGCAUAUCCUCGUCGACAACUGGGGCGCAUACGCUUCGAACUUCUCGGCUGCGAUCACGCCGUGCACGAACUACGUGACCGAGAUUGGCGAUGCGGCGCCCAACUCUGGACGCACCACGGCGGCACAGUGGUUGCGUGUCGGCUUCCAUGACUUCGUGACGGCCGAUGUGGCGGCCGGCACUGGGGGGCUCGAUGCGAGUAUUGGGUUCGAGACAUUCCGGGAUGAGAACAAGGGGAGCGCCUUCAAUGACAGCUUUACGUUCUGGAGGCCGUUUGUGAACGAGUUCGUGCCUAUGGCCGACUUGGUGGCGUUGGGUACAGUCAUGUCAGUCAAUCUCUGCGGCGGGAAAUAUAUACCAUUCAGGCCAGGUCGCGUCGAUGCUACCGGUGCGGAUCCUACGACCGGUGUUCCGGAACCGGGCUCGAGCUUGGAAGAGACCCUUGCGCAGUUCGGGAGGUCUGGCUUCAACCAAGCAGACUCGAUCGGCUUAACGGCCUGUGGUCAUACAAUGGGAUCUGCACAUCACAGUGGCUUUCCGGAGGUGUCAGACAACUCUACCUUGUCCGCGAAUAAUACCAAUGGCGGUAUCAACUUUGACACAAGCCGUGGUGCGUUCGAUCCGCUCGUCGUGCAUGAGUACAUCGACGGAACUGGGAAUAGGGGCGGACCGCUGGUGACGAGCUUCAACGAGACCAGUAGGUCGGACCUGCGACUCUACGAGAGCGACGGCAACGCGACAAUGGAGGAGCUGUAUGCACAGGGCGAUGGGUUCCAGGAUACCUGUGUCGAACUUUUGAGCCGGAUGCUCAACACUGUGCCUGCGCAGGUUGUGCUUCAAGAUGCGAUUCAGCCCGUGGCUAUCAAACCGGUCAAUGUGACGUGGGAUAUCAUAGAUGAGAAGCAGCUGGUGCUUUCUGGCAAAAUUCGCAUACUCGAUACGGAGGCAGAGACCGGCCGAAACGUCACCAUCUCGUUUUCCAAUGGCUACUCCGAGGUUGUCAAGGUCGAAAAUGCGACUGGUGUCUCAAUAUUCGGCGUGACGCAAUAUGCGCCGUUCUCGAUAGACGGAUCCAAGAUUACGGAUGCAUCUUCUUUCACAGUUUUGACUGAUGGUCUCGAAACGGCGGCUUUUGACAUACAGGACAGGGCCUUCAUUGUCCCAGGCCUGACCGAGAUCACGGGCAACACGGUCUUCGUGACCAUUGCAGCGGAUGCGAAUCGGGACGACUUCGACGCGUCAAAGUUGACGGUUAGGGUUGCGACGCCAAUCACGCAGCCGCUGACUCUGGGACCGAGAAUGGCUUUCAGCGAUGUGCAGCUCGAGGCGGCUGGUGGAAGCCUUGGUGAUGUGAGAUACUGGUCUGGGGUCGUUGUUGUAGACCAGCCCGUUGGUGCCGUCAGUGUGCGCUUGUCUUACGGCGAGGAGCCUCUCGAUAUCAUGUUGCUUGAUGCUGGAGUGGCAGGCUGGUAA